AUGACUGGGAUAACGGUUUUAAUUCGAAUGGGACAAAACAUGAUUCAUCAAAACCUUGGAGAAAUUUAUCAAAAUAUCGGUAAUAAUAAUUCCGUUCGCCAAAACAUGGUUCAUAAUAUAAUUUAUCAGAAUCCUGAAGUUAUUUAUCAUAAUGUCAGUAAUAAUAAUUACGCUCAUCAAAACAUGUUUCAUAAUUAUCCUAUUCAUUAA